GAGCAUCACCCAGGAUCUCUUUCUUGGAGAGAUCAGGGUUAUAUUUUGGGUGAAAUUACACUCCUCAGAUACAUUAAAUAGUAAAAAAACAAAACAAAAAAAAAAACCUGGCCAGCCUUUUCCUUGUGUGCAUACUGUAGGCAUUCUUAGUGCAGAGGAUAAAUGAUAAAAUCACAUUUUCACAUAUUGGGCAAUGUAGCCAAUAUACAAGAAAGAAACAUGAUUUUUGGGGUUAGAAACCUAGUUUCUUAAUUUUACCCAAAUCAACUUUUGUGUACUGUGCAGUUUAACACUCCACGGGUUGGUGGGGAGGAGUUCAGAGUUAGAUGAAAACAGGAGUAAAUUUACGAAAUAUGUGAAGAAAGGGGAGGAUAUCUACAGAUCAUCUGAAUGGGAAAAUCAGAGAGAAAAAAAAGGUCUCUGUGAAUAGAAGUGUAUGACACUGCCGCUGCAUAGGAGCCUGCAUGAUGUUUAAGUGGAUUCCCAGUAUCCGCAAGCAGCAUCUUAUCCGGGGUGAUCAUUGCUAAAUAUGUAUCACUGAAGCUUCAGGGUAUCAACUUUUAUCAUCUGAUCAUCCCCUGGAAUUGGGGCUCAACCUCUGACAUGCAAAGCAAGGUGAUUCCCUUCAUCCUGCUGGUGGAGUGGAUUCUAUAUGUGCAAAGUGAAGAAGAUGUGACUAAGAUCCAUAGGCUCAGGUGUGAUGGCCGUUCUUGCAACCCACCUGUUGGUAACCUUGCAACAGGUCGCACACCCAUCACCUUUACAUCCUGUGGAAAGAAUGUUACAGAACUGUACUGUUACUACCCAGAACAGCAUUUGUUCCAGCAGCUUCAAGCUUCCUGUGAUGUCCCACAAUGCACCAAGUGCAGUGUCAACCAGCCAGAGAAUUCACACCCACCUUCUCAUAUGACAGAUGAUGUCUUCUCCAGUCCAGCAACAUGGUGGCAGUCUACACAGGGUGUGCUCAGGGAGGAGAUAAGACUGAAUUUUGAGACCAAGUUCUACUUGACCCAUGUAAUUAUGGUCUUUAAAUCUCCACGUCCAGCUGCCAUGGUCCUGGAGAGGUCACACGACCAUGGCAAGACCUGGAGACCUUAUAAGUAUUUUGCAACCAACUGCACGGCCACAUUUGGCCUUCAAGAUGACCUCCUGCAAGAAGGGUCUAUCUGCACUUCCAGGUAUUCUGGUGCUUGGCCUUGCACAAGGGGAGAAGUGAUAUUUCGAGCCCUCACUCCAACCAAUAGGAUUGAGGAUCCGUACAGUCCCCACGCACAGGACCUGCUGAAAAUGACCAACCUGCGGCUGCUCUUGUUGAAGAGGCAGGAAUGUCCUUGCCAAGCUUUCCAUCAAGAAAAGCCCAAUAGAUUUGCUUAUUAUGCUAUUUAUGACCUGAUCGUGCGGGGGAGCUGUCUUUGCAAUGGACAUGCAGAGGAAUGUCAGCAGACGGAGCUUAAAGAGGGCAGUGAGACUUUGGUACAUGGGAAGUGUGUUUGCCAACACAACACAGCAGGAGAUCAUUGUGAAAGGUGUGCCGCACUAUACAAUGAUCACCCAUGGAGGCCUGGCAAUGGAAAGACUGGGGCACCAAAUGCAUGCAGACGGUGUCGUUGCCAUAACCACGCUUCCAGCUGCCGCUUCGACCUGGAUGUCUGGCUGUCCUCCGGUAGGAGAACCGGAGGAGUUUGUGAGAACUGUCAACACAACACUGAGGGGUACCGCUGCCAGAGAUGCAAGUCUGGGUACUAUAGAGACCUAACAGAGCCCCUCAGCUCCCCCGUAGCCUGCAAAGAAUGUUUUUGUCAUCUCGUUGGUUCAGCCAAUGAAACCUUAAACCGAAGUGCAAAGUGCCAUUCAAAGACAGGAUUUUGUUACUGCAAACCUGGUGUGGCCGGCCCUUACUGUGACCGCUGCAUGGUGGGAUACUGGGGAUUUGGGGAGAAUGGCUGCCGCCCAUGUGACUGUGCAAGGGACUGUGAUGCGAACACAGGGGACUGCCGAAACAGCCACGAGGACGAGAACGUCUUGAACAUUCCGAUUGGUGGAAGAAUCCCUGAGAUCUUAGAAUUACCGACUAAUGAGAGUGAGGAUGAAUGGAAAUGGAACAGCGAGCAAGGCUUUUCAGCUCUGAGGCAUCCAGAUAAAUGUGUUUGUAAAGAGCGCCUGUUGAGGAGCGUAACAGACUUCUGCCAGAUGAAAUAUGCAUAUGUAAUAAAGGCGAGGAUCCUUUCAGCACAUGACAAGGGCACGCAUGCUGAGGUUGUGGUAAAAGUGAGGAAGGUGCUGAAAUCAGGCAAGGUGAAAAUUGCCCGAACCAAUAGGAGCCUGUACCCUGAAUCCUGGACCAAUCGUGGCUGUACCUGUCCUAUUCUGAAUCCUGGUACGGAUUAUUUAAUAGCUGGGCCUGAAGAUAAUCGCACAAACAAACUGCUGGUUAAUAUGAACAGCCUGGUGAAGCCUUGGAAAGCUGUAUGGGCAAAGCAGGCAAUGGACAUCAUACGAUCAGGCUGCAAAAAGAGCUUUUAGUGCCCAGCCGAUGUGAUGAUGGGGGAUCUCUGCUUCUCUUUAGUACAAAGACCUUCUCCUACAUGUACACAUUUAGAGCUAGUAAACAUUUUCCUAAAAAUAGCUCCUAAUAUCAGUUUUUAAUCUAUACAUGUAGUUAGGCUUUAUUAGCCUAAGGAGGGUAGGCUACACAGUGCCUCCUCUUGGUGGGUGGCUAUAAUCUCUACCAUUAAAGUUCUGUCCAGUAGAGGGGGGGGGUUGGGGGUGACUGAAACCUUUAUCUACUUCUGCAAACAAUAAAGCAACACCUGGAGGCUUGUUGUAGCGCACAUUCCAGAACAUUGCUACAAGGUAUCUAUGUUAAUAUACUUACCUUGAUUUACAUUUUAUCACAAAUGAAUUCAGAAACAUCCUGUUGUCUGUCCUGUAGAGCCAUGGAGCUGGCUAUCAUUUGGAAAAUGUAUCACCGCUGCUCAUUCUGUAAUCAGUGUUUUAUUGCAACAGUUCAGCAAGCCAGAAAGCCCUGUAUGAAUCUAGAAUUGUUCGCUAUUUGUAUAUUUCAUUCACUAUUCUAGAAAUGCUUGAAUAUUUACUCCCUGAGCUCUUGGGAGCAGAGAUUAAACACAUUAUGCUGCAAAUACUUGUAGAGUAUUAUGGGCCCUUUGAGUACAGGGGAGAGGCAGACAAACAAGCUCAUUUAUGUUUUAACUACACCGUGUGUGGUUUUCCUAAAAGAUGUUUUUUUUUUUUUUUAUAUAUACAAGAAAACAAUAUAAAAAUCAAGAACCAGGUGGAUAAUAUUUCUUUGUAUAUAUAUUAUAUGCUUGUUUUCUGCUCCCAUGAU